CCGGAGGUGGCACUGGCAGGCAGCGGCGCUGCUGGCUGUGCGCGCCCAGGUCCCUGGCCUGGGGGAAGGGAGGACGGGAGGGAGCAGCCCGCCGCCGCCGCCACCACCACCACCAAAAUGCGGGGGAAAUGUCCCGAAUGCGACAAACAUUUCCUCCCGAAAAUGCGGGGCGUCCCGCCCUUCCCGGGACUGUUGGCAAUGGCAGCCUAACACCAGCGCCACCACCACACGCUGGAACUUUCCGCGGCUGAAGAGUGUCUCUCUGAACUGACGGCGGCGGCGGCAGCAGCAGCAGUCAGCCGCGCAAGAGGUCCUUGCUUCUCUUGCCUUGGUUAGCAAAUGUGGGCGGGUGGAAUUGGCAUCUGCUGCCGGGAAGCGAUCCAUCCCAUCCAGGCUGCAGGACGACGGACCCGAGUGGGGUGUGGGACGGAACCGGCCUCCACUUGGGACGGCAGCGGAAGUGGUUUUUCUUCUCCUAGGGGUAGCAAGAAGCCCGAAAGAGGCCUGGCCAGCGUAGCGGGUCUUAUUCUAAAUUGUCUUCAGCGAGGUGGAUGGCCCCCACCCCACCCCACCCCGGCCGACCCUCCUCCUCCUCCAUCCGACCGACUACAAGUCCCAGCAGCAACAGCUCUGGCUGGGCAGGCUGAGAGAGGCAUCCGCGGAAUUUGCUUCCCGGUGGAACUCGUCGCUCGCAGCUUCGUUGCUCUGACUGCGCCGUGGGACGGGGGGCUCGUGCAUGGGGGGUGCUUAGGACGGAGUCGCUGGCUGAGCCAUGGCCCAGCCCCUGCUUCGGAAAACGCUGUCUCGGCUGCGAGGCAAGGAGCGCCUCGGACGCAAGAAAGCUGCGCAGCGUAAAGAGCCAGAUCAUUGUUUGGAGCCAUUGGAUGCUUUGGAGUCCUCUAUAGAAUCCGAAAUGGGGGGGCCUCUCCCGCUGGAUGAUGGAAGCAGGAAAGGUGCUGCCAUCACGGUGUCCAGGAAGCAGAACUGGGCCAAACUCACCUGGGGUGGCCAGGAGGAUUCUCACAAGAAGAAGCUGUGCCAAAGCUCCUUGGGUUCUCCACGGGAGCCUGCUGACCUGUCUGAAAUGGUAUCCUCAGAAGCUCUUCCCCACAUUGGCUUGGUGGCAGCUGGGCCCAAGGAGGCUGCCAAAUCACUAAUCAGCUGCACGGAGAUUUGCACUUCCAGCAUCAGCACCAAAUACAGUGGCCAGGGGGCCUAUCUGCAGAGCCUGGAGAGGAGCAGCCGCCACUGGGUGCUCUCUUCAGGGAAGGCCCAGGGGGCAGAGGAGCUGGCUGCCAGCUCCAGCACUGAGCCGAAGGACUCUGACAUGCUCUGCAGCAGUGAAGGAGAGAUCUGGUACAACCCUAUCCCGGAGGAUGAAGACCUGCAGCCCCGCCAUGCAAAGAGCAAGGAAUUCCAGAGCAAGAAGGGGAAGCCCAGGGAGACUGAAGGUGCCCAUGAGGGCGCUCCCCUUGGCAGCUUGCAGCAGGCAGGUGGCAAUGGGCUAUGGAUUUCACUGAGCCAAGCGAGGCCAGCUAAGCAUGUUGGGGAGCUGAACAGCCAUCAGCACCAGGCCUGUGGAAUGGUUCCAGUUGCAAGCAUGGAUCCCGAGGAAAUGGCGGGGAGCACUGUACUGAUGGCUCAGAGCCCCAGUGUCCACAAGAAGGGCUCCUCCCUCUGCAAGUCGAAGUCUCUAGGCCCAGUGCGGAGCCUCUCCAUGAAGAUGAAGAAACUGCCAGAGCUGAGGCGAAAGCUUAGUCUGCGCAGCUCCCGUCCCCGAGGGCAGGAGCCAGAAAGCAGCUCUUCCCCCAAGGAGUCGGGCAACGUCAUCAGCCGUUACCACCUUGACAGCAGUGUGAAUUCUCAGCAACACUUGAUUCGUGGCAAGGCUGCCAGCAAAGCUGCCAGCAAAGGGGGUUACUUGAGUGACGGGGACUCCCUGGAGCUCCUGGCCAAGGCUGACGCAUGUCUGCAGCUUGAAGGUGGCUCCUUCCAGCCUUACAGUUUUGCUGAACAGCCCAGCUGUCUGCAGCAUCUCUCCGGCCUGAUCAGCAUCCACCUACUGGGUGUGCAAGACUUUAAGCCCUCCAAAGCCGAAGCAAAGGAGAUCUUCUGUGUCCUCCAGGUAGACUCAGUCAACAAGGCCCACACAGCCCUCCUGCCUUGCCAAGCACCCUUCCUCAGUCUCAAUCAUUCCUUCCAGCUUGAGCUGGAGAAUGCCCAGCUCCUCAAAGUUGUGGUCUUCUUGUGUGACCCUGUUGUGGGCAGGAACCGUGUCUGCUGCCAUGGCACCAUCAUCUUGCCCCACAUUUUUCAAGGUUGCAGGACCCAGCAGCUGGCUAUGCAGCUGGAGCCUCGGGGACUCCUUUACAUCAAGCUCACCCUGGUGGAUCAGUGGGGCCCAGCCAACACCCAGGAGCCACAAGUCUUUGGAGUCAAGCUCAGCCAGCUGGUGGAGAGGGAGGGUGCCAUCGUCAAGGUGCCACUGCUGAUCCAGAAGUGUGUGGACCAAAUUGAAAAACGAGGACUGAAGGUUGAAGGCCUGUACCGCUUGUGUGGUUCAGCAGCAAUGAAGAAGGAGUUGCGUGAUGCCUUUGAAAGAGACAGUGCUGCUGUGGUGCUCUCUGAAGACCUCUACCCAGACAUCAAUGUCAUUACAGGCAUCUUGAAGGACUACUUGCGUGAGCUACCCACACCCCUCAUCACCAACCUGCUCUACCAGGUGGUGUUGGAAGCCAUGUCCAAGCGAGUAGCAGAGCAGGAGACUGAGAAGGCAACAGCUCUUCUGGACUGCCUGCCAGAGGCUGAGAAGGCCACCCUCAUAAUGCUGCUGGACCAUCUCAGUCGAGUUGCUUCUUUCCACAUCUUCAAUCGCAUGAAUGCCCAGAACCUCGCGGUGUGCUUUGGGCCUGUGUUGCUCAGCCAGAGCACAGAGGAGUCAAGGGUCCCCAGCCCCAAGCAGCAGCAUCGCCCCAUUGCCAGCACCAUGGACUUCAAGCACCACAUUGAAGUGUUGCAUUAUCUGCUACAGGUUUGGCCAGCCCCACACAGGAUGUCAGAAGAGGAGGAGUGCUCCCAGCUCAGCAGGCAAGCACGCUACCAUCACCACCCUCCCCUGGAUCUGCCACUGCUGCAAACUACAGUUGUGGCCCGGAGCCGCCCACGGGGGCUGGAAAGCCCUCCUAGUAAUCGCUAUGCUGGGGACUGGAGUGUAUGUGGGCACCAGUUCUUGCCAGGGCCCAGGCCAGAUGGGGACACAGACUAUGAUGAGGUGGCUAAGAGUGAGAGUGACAACGAGGAGGAGAAUGGAGAGGUGACUCUGAGCGAGGGAUUACCAGAGCACCACGACCAGGCUGUCUUCAUGGGUGACUUUGCCUUGGUUGAGGACCCUGAGGCUCCCUUCAGCCCAAGGCUCAAUCUGAAGGACUUUGAUGCCCUCAUCUUGGACCUGGAGCGAGAACUCACCAAACAGAUUAAUGUCUGCCUGUGAGCCAUUCUCUCAGGACACUGUGGCUAACGCUGAGAACAUUCAGCCGGGCCUUUUCUGGCAGUCACGCCAGGCACAAGCCAAGAUCAGGCAGCUGAUCUGACCUUCUUAGUAUUAUUUUUGCUCACAGUGCUUGAGCCAAGUGGGUGGUUUUCCUUCCCACCCACCCACCCCGCCUCCUUCUUCAGAGACUUUUCCUUUUUCCAAUGAUGAAGAGCUGGAAUAUACUCUUAAUUGAGCUGCUGAGGUCUUGAACUCUGAAUUUUCCACACAGACUGGGGUCAGGAAAGAGCCAGUUCCCAUCCAGUGCCUUGUUUCUAAAUGUUGAUGCCUCCAAGGAAAAGAGGAAUGGGUCAGAUUUGUUUUCUUUGCUUGAACAUGUAGUAAUUAUGUAGUACAUUUCCUACGUGCUCCAACCCUUCACUAACCCUUGAAAAAGCAGGGCAGUACUAUUAUUUCUCAUAUAAUGGGAGAUAUAUAAUGGUGGGGGGAAAUUGUGGCUUGCUAGAAUACUCAGUGAGCUCUUGACUAAGCCGAGGGGCUUCCCAACUCACAUUCUUUAACAUAACUCACGAUGUUAUGCUGCUGUUUGACUUUGGCUUCUAAAAUGGUUUAGAGGAUCCUUUUCCCUUGGACUGCCUGUGUUGGGGGAGCAGUUGUGUUUUCACCUUCUUCCUGUCUGAAAAGUAGUAUGGAAGUCCAUAUCUCGGAAACAUCAAAACCUUGGCAACCUUUGAGCAAGACAGGGAAGCCAAUGCCUGAUUGAUUAAGGCCUUGGAGACUUGAGGGCAAGAGGGAAUACUUCUUUGUUUAGGAGUCUGACAAUUCUAGCAGUCCUGUGGGAGUAAAGAUAUUUGGCAUAUCUUCACUCUUGACUUCUAUCAAUCAAUCAAUCAAUCAUCUUUCAAAGGCCAACACAGGAUAUAAUGCAGAUACAGUAAAAUAAAAGAUUGUGUGACAAUAAAAACACAUCACAUUACAUUAAAAUUAUUAUGAACCAAAUCAUCAUGAAAUAAUUACAACUAAAUUAUGAAAAAUUUUAAUACUAUAAUUAGACUGUACAAUUAUGAUUUAUAAAAUACAACUCUAAAAAUUGUGGGAAGACUAAUAAAAUAGAGAUAAAGCAAGGGUAAAUAUGUAGGUAUUCAACUAUCUAUAAAAGUAAAGACAUUGAAAAAGUAUAAAAUAUUUAGCCUAUAAGGUGAAAUAGUUAAAAUGUGAAGUAAAACAACUAAAGUAGAGCGAUCAAGUAAAAUAGCAGUUAAAAAUCUACUAUGUGGGUUAUGGGCUGGCAGUCAGGGUCUGGUGGAUCUUGCAGGCUGCCAUGCAGAACUUGGCAGCGUUGUACGUGAAUGUCCGAUUUUCAUCUGAGAGCAACGUCUUUGUGUAGUCUUGACAAGGGCGACCAGGGUAUCUGAGAGGUAAAGGGAGUAUGAGCUUGUCUCAGUUCUCUUUAUAAAAGGGGCAAGAGAAGAGUACAUGUUCAAUGGUUUCCACCUCCCAGAGUCACAGGGGCAAAGCCUUUCUGUGAGUCAGAUCUUCCUGUAUUUGCCUUCCAGAACAGCAGAAAGAAUGGCAUGACAACGGGCAAGGUGAACACCCUUCUGUGGCUUGGUAUUUCCAACUGUGUCAAAUAGGCAGAGGGGGAGACAGUGAAUCAGAGACUAUCUGAGGCCAGGAAGCCAGGUGCCCUACUUAGAUCCGCCUGGCAUUCCGUGUCCAGGAUCCUCUGUUUGAUGGCCGGUUUUGCCUUGUCACAGCCCAUAGCAAGCAGGAGGGAUGGAGAGAAGCCUAGUAACACCACAUUUUCAUAGACUGCCCAUUUCCAAGAGGAUUGGAAAUUGUCCUGCAGGGUUAGCGGGGCCAGGCUCCGUGGGCAAAGGGCUAGUUUGAGCCAGUGGUUGAGAACAGUCAUCCAAACUUUGGCCUCCACUUUUAUCAUACCAGUUUCCAAAUGUAGAGUGGCAUUGGAGACACAGCCAGGCACUUGUAAAGCCGCUCUUAGGAAUUUAGAUUGGACAAUUCCCGUGUGGCAAGAUUGGAGGGGGAUCCUGGGUGGACGCCAUAUAGUAAUUGUGCCAAAGGCAUGGCCUCAUAUAGUUUGAGCUCUGCAGGUAUGUAAAGGCCACCUCUAGUCUGAAGGAACCUCAGUGCCUUCUGUGCCAUGCUCCUCUGUGCCGCUAGGGCAAUGUGGUCACAGUGAGCCUUUCUUGAGCCAGAGGCAUGGAGGACCACCCCCAGGUAUGUAAAACAGGCGACCUGCUCAAUUCUGUGUCCAUCAAUAUACCAAUAUCGAGUCUUAGGUCUUCUGGCGAAGGCUAUGACCUUAGUUUUUUCAUAGUUUAUUUCAAGUUGUUCACUCUUGCAGUACUGUGACAAUGUCACCAGCGCCCUUCUGAGGCCUAUAGGGGUCUUCAAAAGGAUUGCAGCAGCAUCUGCAUAGAGUGGGGUUCUUCCAGACAACUUGGGAGGGUGGAAGUCAGGGUUGUUGAAACGGCUCACCAUGGCAUUGAUGUAAAAGUAGAACAGAAGCAGGGCCAGGAUACAGCCCUGUUUGACUCCCUUCUGGGUUGAUACAGGGUUCAUAAGGUGUCCCUGGGGGCUACAUCUCACCCUGAGUAUUGUGUCUGUGUGGAGGGCACAGAUCAGAUAAAGCAGAUGUUGAUCGAUUGUGGUGGCUUCAAGCUUUUCCCAUAGCUUAACUUGGGAGAUAGAGUCAAAAUGCAGUCUUGAGGUCCAUGAAGGCCUCAAGGCCUUCAUAGGGAGGUAGAGUUGUUAGAAGAAUACUUUUCAAUGAGAUGUUGGAGCACCAGACACUGGUCAAUUGUAGAUCAAGUAGAAGCCUACUUGUUCAUCUGCCAGCAACUCUUCUUGCUCCAACCAAUCCUUGAGUUUCCCUUGUAUGUGUCUGGCAUACAGCUUGCUGAUAGUGUUGAGAGGCUAGUGGUCCUCUAAUUGACAGGGUCAUCUUUGUCCCUUUUUGAAUAUGGGGAUGAUGAUGGCCAGCCCCCAGUCCCUGGGAAUGCAGCCCUGGGAGUCAAUAUGGGUAAAUAAUGAGGCCAGGACUGGGGCCCACCACUCCAGGUUACUUUUUAUAAGAUCCAUAGGGAUGAGGUCUUCCUCUGGGGCCUUUCCCACUUUAGACUGUGAAACAAGGGACUCAACCUCCAAUGCAGUGACCAGUGGGCAGGUCUUUUAUGUCCUCUAGAGCACGGAUUCUCAACAUUGGGUACCCAGAUGUUAUUGGACUUCAACUCCCAUAAUCCCCAACCUAAGGGUACUGGGCCUGGGGAUUAUGGGAGUUGAAGUCCAAUAACAUCUGGGGACCCAGCGUUGAGAAUCCCUGCUCUAGAAGGGUAUCUGAAUUUGCCUUCAUAUAGUGUCUGGAAGUGCAAUUCCCAGCUUGCUGGGAUGUGGGAGUCUCCCCAGGCCAAGCCAUUGUAGUUGGCCGUGAUGUGCCAGAACGUGGACGAGUCCUUAGCUUUGGCUGCCUGGAUAAGUCAUGACCAAGUGGCUCUUGUGGCCUCUCUCAUCUUGGUUGUCAGUAGAUGUAUUCAGUUCUGUUGUCAGUAUUGUUUCUUGAGGUGUGAAAGAUGUGAGGGGCCCUCUGUGGCAUCUGCUCCAGUGCUAACUCUGUAGGCGAGGUAGGUAGAUGUAAGGGCUUUCCUGGUGCCCAGGUGGCUUUGGAGUGUAGUCAACUUCCCUUAUUAAAUGUUUUUGGAGCUCAUGUACUAAAUCCUCGUAUGUAUCCAGAUGGACAAGAGACAGAUCCAUUGAUGUGAGGGUUCUCUGGUAGGUCAGGAAGGGUGCCACUGCAAGCCAUUCCUAUAUUGCUUGACCAAGCUGCGGUGUCCAUUUGGCACGGCAUCUCCCCUGGCCCUCUGGUAAAAUAUUGGGAGUGUACCGAAUCUCCAGGCGUACCUGUUGGACCAAGGAGCAGGAAGUGGUCGCUUUCUAUGUGAGGCAAGACUUUAAAAUUCGCAACAAAAGGGAGCAGGUCUCUUGUCCUCUAGUGGUGCAUUGCUUGCAGGAGGCACUCUUGCUGGGGCCGCAUCAUCUGCUGGGGCACAAGCUCAAAUCUUUCUGUGGUCUCAUUGCAGCUUGAAGUCCUGGGCAGUGAUUUUAACAUCUCCUUUUGCUAAACUGCUGCCCCUCCCUCAGUGUGAGACUUGCUGACUAUUGUACUUGCUGCUGAUAGAAGGAAAGGAAAAACAUGACCUCUCUAAAGGGCCAUCGUAUGUUUCAAUAUGCAAAUGAAAUGCUGGUUACCUGGCUUUUAGUCUGAAUUUAAGAACGCAGAAGGAGUGUGAGGGGCAAGUACAUCUCCCUCCCAAUUACUCUGUAUUACGGGGCCAUAUCCACCUCCCCAUACUAGAAUCCACUUCAUCGUACUAGAAGGUGUUGUUGUUGGUGAUGUUGUUUUACCCUUCCCUAUCCCGUCCCACCAAAAGCCAUGGCAAGGCAAGCCUAAUCACUCUUUGCCAGAAGAAGGUGAAUUGUAAUACCCUUGCAGCAAGGCAAGUAUGGGGAGUGGAUAUGCUGGAAAUGUUGCUGUCCGUUUCUUAUGCAGUUAAUUCAGUGAAGGUGGUGUCUAUAGCAACUGACACCCAGCUCAGUGUUACAUGCCUGUAAUGCUAAACUGCAGGGCUGCUGUGCCCUUCCAAGGCAGCAUUGGGGUUGUGCAAACCCGGCAGUUGCAAAAACUCCUUGCACAAACCCAUUGUUCCAAUUGCAAACACCCGUAAGUAGGUCUUGAGCACUCCAGAGGAAGGCUACAUUGCACAGUGUAACAUGGGGUCAUUCCCGCCGCCUUAUUGGAUAGCAAGGCUCCAACAUGCAGGCUGUCUCUCUCACCCAGGAAAAAUGACAACCACAAUUUGUGUCUGGGCAUUUAACAUUUAACUUUUACUAUGAAUUAUUGCAAACAUGAUGGAUUCUUUGGUAUGUAGUAGAUUUGUUGAUAGGUGUUGAAUAUGUAAUGGAUUCCUUGAUAUGUAUGCUAUAUCAAGGAAUAUAGGGAAGCAGAAAGAAAGGGGACUAAAAGACAGAAAAGAUUUCCAAGGACAAUGAACAGGCAGGGUGUGAGAGAGAAACAAACCAACAUAAAGGGUGGAGGAAGAGAACUGACCACCAGUUUUGCUAUGGACUACUAGAGGAUGGGGGAAUAGGGAAAAUGGGAAGGAAAAUGAUCCCCUUUGAGCAGUGAAGGCCUCAUGGAAGGCAGUGGACACCUUGGGAACCAAAGACAGCAUGUUUUGGGACAAGCUUUCCCUGGCUGAGCAGCUGGGGGCCAGCCACACACUGCCCACUUCGGUGCCUGCCAGUCAGCCCGGGUGAGACUUCAUGGAAGUCUGCUGACUUCCAUGAGGCCCUCCCUACUUCAAGGCUGUCAUCAUGAGUCAAGACAACACUGGUUGCUUGCCAGAGGGCUCACCCAUGCUGACCAGCAGGCACAUGAAGCGGGAGAGCACAGUGUGGAUGUGGCUGGCCCUCAGCUGUUCAGCCAGGGAGAAGCUGUUUCCAAACAAACAAGGGGUCCCUGCUUCCCAAUGUGUCCACUGCCUUCCAUGAGGCCCUCCCUGCUCAAAGGGGGGGGGUUCAUCUUGAGUCAAGACAACAGUGGUUGCUUGCCAGAGGGGUCACCCAAGCUGAUUGGUGGGCAGAGUGUGGCUGGUCCCUACUGCUAAGCUAGGGAGAGCUUGUCCCCGAACAUGGGGUCCUUUUAUUUAUUUGAUUGAUUGAUUUAUAUACCACCCUUCCAAAAAUGGCUCAGGGCGGUUUACAACAAAAUAAAAACAAAACAAUUAUAAUCAAAACUUAAUCAAUUAAACAAUUAAAAUCAUUUAAACAUUAAAACCAUUAAUGUUAACAUAAUUUAAAACCAACAUUAACAAUUUUAAAACCAUAGAUCUAAUUAAAAGCCUGGGUGAAUAAAUGUGUCUUUUAAAAAGUUGCUAGAGAUGGGGAGGCUCUUAUUUCAACAGGGAGUGCAUUCCAAAGUCCAGGGGCAGCAAUGGAGGCGGCCCAUUCCCAAGUAGCCACCAAAUGAGUUGGUGGCAGCUGCAGGCAAAGCUCUCUAGAUCUUCUCGAUGAUCUUAACAGGCGGUGGGACUCAUGGUGAAGAAGCCGUUCUCUUUUCUUCCCAAUAUGUCCACUGACUUCCAUUAGGCCCUCCUUGCUCAAAGGCCGUCAUCUCGAUGUUUAUAUUUCACCUUGUCCCCUACACGCCAAGUCAUGGUUGGUUUCUGUCCACAACUGGGGCAUUUGAGUUGUGCACCUCAGCCCAUUGUAAUUCAUACCACAAAGCCUCACCUUCUCACUGCAAGGCUGCACCCCACCUUCAAAGCCUUCUGUAGGAGGAAUCUCAUCUCUGCUCUUGUCCUCAGCUUAUCCUCCCACGGAGCAGUUGCCCUCUCUUUCCCUGGGCCAGCUCGGAGAAAAUGUACCGUCCAGCUUCAUUAGCCCUUGGGCCAAAGGGCACUCUGCUAUUCCAACGGUCCUAUGUGGAGGGUGGCCCUGACGUGUCCCAUGUGACUAUUGAUUGCUCUCCUAAAGGAGGGCUGCUUAUUCUACAGUGGGAGGGGACACAAGUGCUGAACCCCACUUCCACCACAACCCGGCCAGUGGAAGGUGGGAGGGAAGUCAGUGGGGAUGACCUUUGCAGAUGCCGGGAGGCUGCUGUUGGGAGUCAAGCACUUGAGCUGAGGGAACCUAGCCUGUUAACCUAGCCUGACAGUGGCACACACACACACACACUCCACUCACAACGGUCCUUGGUCAUUUUGGCAGGGAGUGAUGGGACUUGUAGUCUGACAUCUGGGGACCCAUGCCAUGGCUGAGAACCCCUGCCAUAAGUUACUCACCCAAGAGCUCCUGUCUUAUCUGAAGAUCUGCUUCCAACCAGCUUUGUUGCGUGAUAUGAAGUUCCAUUGUUUUGAGAGUGGCUACAAUUAUUAUUUUUGCCUUGACUGUA